UGCCGCCUUGUCGGUAGGCCCCUGGUGACCUCUAUCACCCGUGGGAACAGCAAGGCUGCAGAAAGCAUCUCAAAGAAUGAAAAGGCGUGGCUUCCGCAGGCUUGGGAGUCCCACGUGCGAUGUUCCUUGGACAGACUUCCUGCUUCCCACGGAGGACGCGGUCCGGCUUUGUGGCCGCCACCUUUCUUGAGGCAGUCUCGGAGAAGAUUGCGGAUAUGUUCAGCUCUUGGUACGUCUUUUGUCUCCACAAUGGAUCUUGAGCAAAAGGAGUGACUGAGAAUGCAGGACUUACUGGAAUCACAGAGCAAAGCAGCAACAGCGAUCAGUGAUCGCAAUGGGCAGCCUCAAGACAGGAGGAAAGCUACGCAGAAGAGGACUUUCACCAGAUGGAUAAAUGUGUUUUUGCAAAAUCGAAAUCCUCCCCUUGCAGUCUCCGACCUGUUCACGGACAUUCAGGAUGGCAGAAUGCUCAUGGCGGUCCUGGAGGAGCUGUCUGGCUGCAAACUACUUUACAGGUAUAGGACUUCAUCUCAUCGCAUUUUCAGACUGAACAACAUCUCCAAAGCCCUGGCGUUCCUGGACGACAGACAUGUGGGGAUCCGCUCAUCAGUUCAAUACAACCAGGUUCGUUGUAAUCCACUCUCUUACAGCGUUGUUGUCCCCCAGGUGAAGCUUCUUGGCAUCGACGCCUCCGGCAUCGCUGAUGGCCUCCCUUCUGUUGUUCUCAACCUCGUCUGGAACAUUAUCCUCCACUUCCAGGUGAAGGAGGCGACAGGAGGCCUGCAGAGACAUUUGUCCUCCAGUCUGUCUUCUUUAUCGCUGAGCGCCUACCCUUCCACCAGUGACCUCUCACCUCAAAAUGGCAGCUACUCCUGCAACACUCUGCCUAGGAAAGGAAAAAAGCCUGAAAGGGAGCCAAAGUACAACAGCAAAGCCAUCAAGAGUCUCCUGCACUGGGUCCAAAGAUCCACGUCAAGGUACGGCGUGGAUGUGGAUGAUUUCGGGGCCAGCUGGAGGAGUGGAAUGGCUUUCCUGGCUUUGAUUAAGUCCAUAAAGCCAGACCUGGUCAACCUGAGGGAGAGCUUGUCCAAGGAACCAAAGGAAAAUCUGCGCCAGGCCUUCAUGCUGGCCCAUCUGUGUUUGGAUGUGCCCCCUCUGCUGGAGCCUGAGGACGUGGCGUGCGCCUCGCCGGACGAGCAGUCCAUCAUAACAUACGUGUCGAUGUUCCUGGGGGAUCAUUUGGUCACAGAUGAGGAUCACAUGGCACAGUUUGAUUUUCACGAGAUUCCCAGCUUUGCGUCUCUUGAAUUCGUCGGCCUUGGACAGACCCUGGCUGACCACCCAGAAGCCCGAGCUCUGCUCAGAACCUUUGAGAAAAGCAAUGAGCAACGACUGUGGAGACAGUGGUCCAGAAAAUCUUCAGAGACUUCCAGAGCCCACAACUCCAACAUGAGUGGAAGCCCCGAAACGUCCUUUCCUUUUACUCCAAGAGUGUUAGAGCCACCAAGUCCACUGGAAGCAGGCGUAGCCAACCAGGAUAUCCGAUCGUGGAUGGAUAAGAGUUCGGAUCGAGGCUACGGUAAGAGAAGCUACGUUUCCCAGAGCUCCGAAGAAGGAAUCUACAGCUUGUCAGCAUUGGAUUCAGACGAAGAGGAAGCUUACAGCUACAUCCUGGAUCUGAAUAAAGAUGUUUUCCGACCAAGUAAUCCAUCGAAAAGACAAGUACCAAAAGUAGAAGAGGAAACAGCCGAGGAGAUGGAGGAAGAGUCGAAACAUCUGGCAGUGCUGGGGAUGUUUAACGGAGGCGGACAUAAACAAGAAGGACAUCUCAGGGCAAACAGGAAGUUGGAUUUGGACAAGAUCAAAAGUAGCCUUAGAGAGACGACAAACAAGAGGGCUGUGUUUGACUUGGAGCCAGACGCCCAGAGAAGAACCAACAGAGACACUUACACUGAGAAAGAAAGCAACAGAAGGAUGGAGUGUGAUGGUAAAGAGAAAGAUGGGUUUGACAAAGUUCAAGAAGGUGGAGUAAAAGCAACUAUUUUUGAAGUAGCCAGUUGGAAAUAUGCUGAGGAAGGAGGAGCAGAGCUCUCUGUAAAAUUGGGACUUGUGAGUGAGAGAACAGUGGAGAAAGAUUUGGGAAGAUUAAAGGAAGGGCAGGAUCUAAAGGAACGGAGUGAGUCAGAGGAAGCUCGUGUCGAGAAGAAAGACACAGGAAGUCAGAAACGUGUGAAAUUAAAAAGUUUCAAUGAUAAAACAGUGGAGAAAAUGUCCUCAGAAGAUGCUUGUUUUAACAUUCUGUGUACAAAUGGAGCUACAAUCAGCAACAUGGGCUGUGGAGCUGAAGUGAAAAUGAAGAAAGCUGGUCAUCUAAUGAAAUCAUCUGAUUACGGGUUCGCUCAAACAGAAGACUGGAGGGAACGGGAACCUACGAUCAGCAGGCUUGAGGAUCUGAAAGCAGAUCAGAGAACUACCCCCGAACGCCUUCCUGAUGACGUCCAUGAGGGCGAUAACAGUCCGACUGUGGCCUGCAGGGCGUCUUCUCAGUCAUUAUGGAACAAUGGAGGACUCAGUCUUCAGUCUAUAGCAGCCUGCUGUAACUCAACCCCAUUAGAGCUGGAAGUCCUGCUGCUCCUGUGGAUCUCGCUCUACUGCUACCUCAUCCUGCCUCAGAUGUACCUCUGAGUCAACUUGGCUGUACAUCCUCGCAUCAAAAAUAUGCUUAAUUAGACCAGCUUCCUCUAAUGGGGCAAACAGAGACUCUAUGGCUGGACUAGCUUUUCUUCCGGUUCAUUAAAUUUCAAUCAGGGUCACAUUGGAGGAUUAGAUUUGCAGAUUAUUGCCAGCAGGUUUAACAGGGUCUUAGUUGUGGUAAUAAUUUCUUAUAAUCUGCUUAAUUACAUUGAUUUCUAGUGUUCUCAAAGUGAUUGUUGCUGCUUAAAUGACCAGAACACCGUUUAUGUUAGGGGCGGAGGGGGAAUUUUCCUGAAAAAAAUGAAUUCUUUCAGAUGUAGUUGACAUAACCCACCACAUGGUGGCAUCGCAGCAUUACAGGACCUGUGUACAUUAACGCCAGAGCUUUUGGUUGUCUGCUGAGAAUCCAACAUGACCUGCUGUUUAGUUCCAAUCCUGAGAUCAUAUUGAUAAUAUUUAACAAGGCCAUUACUAAAAUAAACUUUGUUUUUUGUCCACGUAACUUUACAGUCAUUUAAACCUUUAAUCAACCACAUUAUCUUCCUAUAGAGAUCCUAAUUUACAACUUGAGGCGGAAAUGUAUCGGCACCCAUGUUGUAAAACGCUGUGCAGUAAAUUUAUUUUUAAUGCAGUUGCAAAUGGAAAAAUGGUGAGAAGUAAUUGUUUUUGAUGAAACUUUUGUUGGGACAGUUAUUUGUACCUCUCACAUUAAAUAAGGAGGAGAACGGUUCUUUGUUUGAUGAACAAUGAAUGCCUAAACAGUUCAUAGGCAUCUGAAAUGGGCAUGCUUCCAUCUGAAGUUGGAAGCUUAUUCGAAAUAUCCAUAGAAAUCUGUUUGUGGAGAACAACGGGAGAUCCAACUCAGCUCUGCAUCUCUCCGUUCCUGAGGCAGCAUCUUAAAUAGAUGAACUACUCACCUAGAUUUGUCACUAUGUUGAAAUAGUAUAAAUACAUCUAGGACUCUUCAUGCAUACCAGCUUUUAUUGGAGUCACUAACAGGAGAUAAUGACAUUUUUUAACAAGGCAAUUUAAACUCUGUUUCUCCUCUGAGAUCCUGUGUCAUAACGCUUCGUCUCUUAUGUUGUGAUGGAAACAGGUUAGGUAACUUCAAAGGCACAGAGGCUGGAUAAAAACGUGGCCAUCCGCUCGGAACAAAUCAGCACAUUUGACACUAUUUAUCAAGCUUUCCAUUUUUUUAGCUCACAAACAAACAAAAGCACUGCCUUUUUCUUCUUACUGCAACUAUGUUGCAACUGAGAAAAAUCCCACUAAAUUUAAUUAAGAUACUUUUAAGUUUCACUUUAUGCUUUCCGGUAUGAUGAUGUUAGAUUAACCGAGGUGUGUUUUUUUUUUUUUUUCCCAGUCGUAUCAAAAUUUGCGUAUUUUGCAAAACAGUUACGGAAACACUCCUUUAGCAUCACAUGAGUCACAUGAUCAACAACCAGACGUUACUACUGGGGGAAAAGACGAAGAAGACGGCAGGAAGUAGAUGGAGAAUGAUGGUCCAGCAUGUUUUUUUUAAAUUAAUGAGCUUAUUCACGUGGGAUUUUAAUUCCGUUUUUUGUUAAAUGGAAACACCGCAAUUGCGAAAUUGUAUUGUUUUUACAGAAUAAUACAGACAAAGUUUUGUGCAGAUUUGUAAUUGAAACACAGCUAUAAAUAACUAUUCCCCUUAGGCAGGUGCAGACUACGAACCGGUAGACCACUUUUCACGCAUCUGUACCAAAUUCAAGACUGUAAAGAUUUUUUUCUUAAACCAGAGAAGCGGCAUUCAAACUCAUUUACAGUUUUUGUUUGACUGCCACUGCAUGUGUGCAGGGAAGCUUCACAAAAAUAAAGGUAUGCACCGGUUGCAUAAGAGCUCAAUAUCCAUGUUGACCAGAAUGCGCGAGAGGAAUGGCUAUGCUCUGUCCUUAGAGGCCACCCGAUGCACAUUAUUUGUUGGUGAAAUUCUAAGAAACUAAAAACAGGCUCCCACUGUUUGCUCGGAGCUCAACCCAAAGGUCAAACGCUCAGCACAUGAGAUCAAUAUGCUUUCGGCACAACAGUAUGCUUUCCGCCCCCGCACCGAGCCCUCACCGCUUCUCCAAAGCAGGAGUGCGACCUGUCUUCUGCCCAGUCGGGCCGGGAUGGCAAGAGGAGCCAAAAUGUCUGUUAGAUAUAGGUUAAACACUGGGAAUCUCCUUAGGAUGCCGGUACGACGGGAUGUGAAGGCCGUACUGAAGAAUCAGCUGAACACAUCAGCUCUGAACACAGCCUCAGCCUUUGGGCCUUACCAAGACCUGACCACUAGAGAUGCUGUGGAGCAGCAGAACAUCCUGUUUGAGGAGUUUGAGGAGUUUUACCAGAUCAAGAGUUUCACAAACACCACAAACAGAUUCAUCCAGGACUUAAGUUACAGUGGUCACAUUCCUCAUCCAAACUAGCAUUACCUAAAAUCUAGUAUAAAAUUUCUCAAUACCUCUCUAUGCCUCUGGUACUGUAUGGAAAAUGGGCCCACAUUUCUGUCUUAAAAGUAUUUUUUAUUUUUUUUA